GGCUCUUCGGCGGGCUGGGCCGGGGGCUGCCGCCCCGCGGGGCGCUGCGGCUGGACGGCGUGGGACCCGCCGAGUUCCGGCGCUUCCUGCGGCUUGUAUAUUCAUCUGAUAAAAAUAUCAAAGAAGAAGAGCUGGCUAUGAUGAAAAAAGUGUUGGAACCCAAAUUAAUACAAGAAACCGACACUGCUACUCUUCAGAACACUCAAACAAAUGUAAAUUGUCUUGGAGAUGGUAAAAGAACACUUGUUGAUCAGAAUACUCAAAGUGGAGCUGUGCAGAAAGAAGAUGAAAUUCCAGAAGUAGUCACUGAUGAAGAAAGCAGCAAUGAUCCUGCAGGUAAUUGCAAACUAGAAACUGCAUCUCUGCUAGGAGAAGAUUUAAUGAUGCUCUACAAGAAGUGCUGUUGUCCAGAUAUUAAUAUUCGCAUAGAAGGCAAAGAUUUUCAAGCUCACAGGGCCAUUUUAUGUGCCAGAUCUAGUUACUUUGCUGCUAUGCUGAGUGGAAGUUGGGCUGAAAGCUCCCAAGAGCACAUCACUCUUCAAGGCAUAAGCCAUGCAGAAAUGAGUGUCAUCUUGCAUUAUAUAUAUGGAGGUGUUCUGGACUUCCCAGACAAAGUUGAUGUUGGUCGCAUGUUGAGCAUUGCAGAUAUGUAUGGGCUAGAUGGGCUGAAAGAAGUGGCUAUCUACAUUUUGAAAAGAGAUUACUGCAAUUUUUUCCAAAAGCCUGUUCCUGGAAAACAGCAACCUGUACUAGAAUGCAUGGCUAUUGCUCAUUCGGUGGGAGUGGAAAGCCUGUAUGCAGCUUGCAUGAAAUGGGUAGGAAAACAUUUUGCAAAAUGUUUGUCAGAGAGAAGCUUUGCCAGUUUACCUACUGAACUUCAGAACAACUGUCUUGUUAUGUUGAUUAAGUCUUUGAACUACAAGAAUGCUGCUUUCCUUUUGAUGGAGAGUGACCGACUGAUCAAUAGUCUUCCCCAAGUGAAAUGGACAGAGGCAGCUGUGGCCUUGGCAUCUAGGCUACAAGAAGAAUGCGUAACAUUUAUUGUGGCAAACUUCCUACACGUAGUGGAAAGUGAAGGCUUCUCUCUUUUGUUGCAGGCACAGGCAAUGAGCAGCAAACCUGACCUUCUAGAACUAAUUUUUAAUGCAAUUGAAAAAAGUAUUAAUAAUGAAAAUAGCUGCUUUCUUCUUGUAGCUGUGGAUACAUUGUUGGACUCCACAAAUGUGAAGGAGAUGGGUUUUACGUGCAAGAUCCAGGCUCUGCGUGAUAAGCUCUGGGUCUUCCUGGUUCAGUCUUUUUAUGCUGUUCGUCACACAGAAAGCUGGAAGCUGAUGAGGCCAGACCAUCAACAGAAAAUACAAGCAGCUGCAUUUGACAAGGGUGAUGACCGAAGACUUGGCAAAAAACCUGUAUUCACUAGUUCUCAGCUAAACAAAUCUGUUACUGAAUCUGCUGGUAUAAGGAAUACUUCCCAGACAGAACACGGCAAGAAAGAUUGCUGCGGAGAUUCUUCCACUAAUCAGGAUAAAAUGAAAUCUGAUGGAUUAGGAGCAUCUGGACAUACAUCAAGCACCAAUAGAAACACUGUUAAUAAGGCUUCAAAGCAUGAGGAUGUAAAGGGGAAAGAUGGUAAAAAAAUAGUUUCCAAGAUUACUAAGGAUUCAAAACCUGGGGAAAAAGCUGCUUCACCAAAGGCUAGAGCUGUUAUAAAGACAAAAAUAGAAAAUAAUGGAAAUGUGAAAGCUGAAAGCAUGCUUACCAAGCAAGAUACAGAAAAGACAUCAUCUGCAAGUGGACAGAAAAAUUCAGGAAGUGGCAAAGGACUGAAGAACCAUGAAGGAAAAACUGCAGGUGCCAGACCUAAAGUGCUGACAGUAACCUCAAGCGUGCAGAUCAAAACAAAACCAUUGAAAAAAUCCACAGGGAAGGAGUCUCCCUCCUUAGUAACUGUGGCAGGAACUUCCAGCAAGUCAGCAAACUCAAGCAUAGACAUCCAGGCUGCCAGUGAACAGACAGAGGAACCCAAAGAGGAUAAACUGGUAGAGGAAGGGAAAAAGCAAACUGUGAAAACAAAGCCAUCUGUGAAGACAUCAAAUGGAGUCACCAACAAAAAAAAAAAGACUGAGCUUGAGGCUAACAUCACAACAAGCAGUCUGACAAAAAAAUCAACUGGAAAAGGGUGUAAUGAGCAAAAUGUACAAGCUGUUCUAAAGAAAAAAGGAAAUGUGAGUAGCAAUUCUGCAGCACAGCAAAAGGCUCAAACCACACCUAUCAGCUCUCCCAAGAACCAAGGACCUCAGGGGGAAUCACCAAAUUCACUGAAAUCAGGAAUGUCUCCAAAACAUAAUGAAGAAAAAAAUGUGUUACAACAUCUGGCUCAGACAACACUCCCAGAAAAACAUCCUUCAGCCAAGAAGAAGAGCAUUAAGCAGUCACAAACACCUGUAGCAAAAACCACUGCAAAAAUAACACCUAAAACUCUGGCUCCUUCAAAACAUGCUGAAAUUACGAGUAAUAAAGACGCAAAACCAAAAACAACUGGGCAAGCUGCGUUAAAAUCUCAGUCCUCUGGCCAAAAGCAUUCAAGGAGUGAAUCUCCUGUUGUCCAGAAGAAUGUGCACUCCUCUGAGCGCAGAAGUUCAGGACAGAAACUUGAAAAAAACAUGGCCAAUGCUGUGGCAGGCCAACUUCAUGAUGAUAAUGAAUGCUAUUCUGCAAAGCAAAGUGAAUCUUUAAAAUCUGUGAUGGAAAGCAAAGAUAAACUGCUGGUGUCCUGUCAACCCACUAAACAAAAGUUAUCAGAUCCUUCUGAAAAUGGGGAAUACAAAGUACAAUCUGAAUCUUCUCCGCUAAUUACAGAAGAAACUAUUUCUAAACUGCAUGUUUCAGUGCAAAGUGAAAAGGAAGCAAGGCAAAUCUGUGGAGAUGAAACUGGAAUUAAACAGAUUGAAGGUACGGAGAAAGAUGAUAAUACAGCUGAAUUUCACUUUCAUGCACAAUCUUCCAGUGAUGGAUACUCAGACUUUUCCAAGGAAACCAAUCAAAAAGCUUCAGGAGAACUAGUGAAACAUUCAAAAGGAACAACAGUCUGUACUGAACAAAGUGAUAAAUUAAACCCUGAAAUGGGUCUUAACUCUGGUGAAAAUGCUUUGCUAAGCUUUUCUAGAAGGAUAACCAAUAAGGAGGAUGAGAUGUCAUCUCCUCAGAUGCACAUGGAAGAAUUUCUUACAGCUGAUGAGCUGUGUGAUACAUCAGCCUUUAAUGAAUACAAAUCAGUUACAGCAGAUUUAGAUGAUGUUUCAGAAUGUUCCACAGAACAAAUAACAGAAAAAUAUUCACCCAGUUACACAGAGUCUAUAGAUCCCACAGAAAUGCCCGAAAACCAUGAAAAUGCAGAAAUUCCCUUCGUGGACCACUGGAGUACUAGUGCACUAGAUCCAAAAGAAAGUCCUGAAUCAGAUACUGGCAGUGCAACCACAUCCUCUGAUGAUAUAAAACCAAGAUCAGAAGAUUAUGAUGCUGGAGGCUCUCAGGAUGAUGAAGGAUCCAAUGAAAGAGGGAUUUCUAAAUGCAGCACUAUGUUGUGCCAUGAUUUUCUUGGAAGAAGCAGCAGUGACACAAGUACGCCUGAGGAAUUAAAAAUAUAUGACAGCAGCCUAAGAAUAGAAGUAAAAAUGAAAAAAGAGGGCUCUGAUCUCUUCCGUGUUAAUUCAACGAGCGAUGAUGAAAUACCAAGAAAAAGACCUGAAAUUUGGUCCCAUCCAGAAAGUGCACGGACCAAUAGUAGAGAAAGCAAAAGUUCUACUUUCGGCAAUGCACAGUUUACUCAGGAAGCAGACCAAGUUUCUUCUUCUGCUGAUGAAACAGAAGAUGACAGAUCUGAAGCAGAGAAUGUUGCAGAAAACUUUCUUCCGUCAAAUGUUCCUACUCAACAGUUCCAAGGAAUUGAUAAUUUAGCUUUUGAAGAUGCAACAGAAAAUGAUUCUGCAAGUAAAGAGUUUUCUAAAACUAAACAUUUCAAACGAUCUGUUUUACUUUCAGUAGAUGAAUGUGAAGAAUUGGGAUCUGAUGAUAGAGUGGAAACUCGUACUUCACGUCAGCUUUCAAUAGAUUCUCUUACUCCUUCAGAAGUAUUUGACAGUGUUUCUCAAGAGCACCAUGGAAAUACUUUUUAUUCAAGAUACUCACUGGAAAUUGAAGAUGGAUUCCUGGAUUGCAAACAACAUAAGGAUAGAGACAAUAGAUCGGAUAAAAGUGAAAGCUCUCUCCUACAUCUUCAUGAUACUGAAAUCCCAGGGAAGGAGAAUCAAGGUGCUCCAAUGAAUCAACAGAAUUGCCCAGAGAAAGUCUAUUCAGCAGCUAGUCCGUGUCCAGGAGAAAAACAAAUAGUAAAUGUGAAGAACGAGGUGGCUAGUGAAUUUCACCAGUGCAAUAAAUACUUAGACAAUGAUGCAAAAUCUCAAGAAAGGCCAUGUCAUUUGGAUCUUCAUCAGAGAGAAUCUAAUUCUGAUGUGCAAAAGAGCAGCUCUGCAAAACCUGUAGACGCCAGUAAGAAUCAGAUACUGACUCAGGAAGGUCAAGUGAGAGACAGUCAACCAGCAACUGCUGAAUGCGCUAAUACUGAUUUACUUCCAGGAGACAUAGAUGAUUAUGACACAAUGGCACAAACCUGCAUGUAUGAGCAUCGGCCUUCAAAAACCCUUUCUCCAAUAUAUGAGAUGGAUGUUGGAGAAGCAAUUGAGCAGAGGAUGGAUUCAGAAACAGCAGUUCUAGAUGUGGAUUUUGAAGAUCAGCAGUUUGCAGAACAGGACUGGACUCUUCUCAGGCAACUGUUAUCUGAGCAGGACUCAAACAUAGGUUUCAAAAACUCUGUUCCUGAAGACCUUAACUUAGCACAAUGUCUUAUCAAUCAGACACUGUUUCUGGCACGAGAUGGUUCGAAUCCUCAGGGUACAUCACAAGUUGACACAUUCAGUAGGUGGACUGAACUAAUAUCUCCACUUGAUGACUCUUCAGCAAGCAUUACAGUGGCAAGCUUUUCAUCUGAAGACUGUUCGUCCCCUCAAGGGGAAUGGACAAUUCUUGAACUGGAAACCCAUCAUUAGCGUGAUCAAAUGUUUGCAGCUGAACUCCAACCCAUUCCCUAAAUCUAUUUUUGAUGAGUUGUUUCCGUACAAUAAUGAAAUACUGCAUCAGUCAAGAACAAGCGAUUCUUGAUACUGAGGCAAUCUUUCUGAUAUAAUGAGGUAAAUAUGUUAAUUUAUAAUCUAGAUUUAACCACACGUACAAUAAUUUUUCAAGACUUAACUGUAUGUCUUUUCUAAAAAUGAACUUUGAGCAUGUAUUUUCUAGAAUUGUUAGUAAAAAUUAGAUGACGUGAGAGAAAAAUCUUGGUUUCCAACAUCCCUUUCAUCUUCCUUUCUGACAUUUAAUAAUCUCUUUGACCAAGAAUUUAAAGAUGACUGCACAAUAAGUAGAGCUAUUCCCUUCCUUCCUCCCCCAAUAUGGUGACUUCAUUUUUCAACAAUAAAGAUUCAGAAUGGUUGUGUCGAAAGAUGAUGUGUGACAACACUGCUUUAAAUGAUAGAAACAUAAUCUUAUGUUCAAAGAAAACUUUUCAAUAUGAAUCUGCCUUGGGCCUUACUAAUAUGAGCAGCUUGUUUCAUCUGUUUCUUCCAGAUUUGAUUUUUGUAUUUUUGGUUUGGUUUGUUUAGCAGUUUCCAAUAAAUUCUUUAAAUUGUCUUUCCUUUAAAUAAGACUUCAGAGGGUCUGUGCUAUAGGAAGAGCACUAUUUCUUUCUUGGAAAUGCACAUAUUUAAGUAAAUGUUUUUAAUGGCAUAAUGCAUGAAUUCAGAGGAGUUUGUAGGAUGCUGCUCCUGUUUUAAAAUAGUAUGUCUGAUAUCUCCAAAAGUGUAUCUCAGUCUGAAGUCGUGGUCAGUGUUCCAUUGGAAGUCUGACCUUGACUAAAAUUACCUUCAGGCUUCGGUUCAUUACAUUUGGUUUUGUUUGAUCACUUAAAUGCUACAUUUUUUGGAGGGGUAAUGGGAUUCUUGCCUCUUCAUUAAUACCUCCAGUGUAGCUUUUAUAAUGAAACUAACUAUCAACAUAACCAUUCUUCUGACUAAGAGUGAAAUAGGAUAUACUUCUCAGUACUGCUCAUUCUGCUACUUUUGGCUAUUAAUUUGGGUGUGGAUGGGACUGUUUAUUGUCUUUUUUAAUUUGACAGGGAAGGAAAGGAGUGAGAAGUUAUUUUUCUAUUUGUAAUUUUUACUAGGUCAGAACUUCUCCUGACACACAUAGGGUGUUUUCCCUGCUGAUGUUAGGCCCUUAGUUGAUAUCUGCAUUAUGGAAAUAGUAGGGCUUGUCUUUCACACAGGUUAAAAUCUAAACAGGGAGUAUUCUACCUCCUCUUUGUUAUUAACAGAAGUGCCUUUGGAAGUGGCUGCCAUAUGGCAGUAAAAGGCAACUAACAUUUUUUUUGGUUAAAACUACUUAAGUGCACAACAUAAGUUAGCUGUAACCACUGAUAAUAUGGUCAGUUUCGUCAGCUUUAGCACAGUUCCAACAGUGCACCUCAGUUUUCUCCAGAAACUUCCUUUCUUUUUGUUCAUAGCCAGAAACUCAGUUGUGUGGAAAUACAAAGUUGCCCCAGCAUAUGACUAAAGAAAUGAUGACUUGUCUUAUCUUUGGACUUGACAUAAUAAAGAGCUCCAAGGCAAAACAGUUUAUCUGCAAAGCUGCUUUGUUGAACUUCUGAUACAUAAGUAAAAUUGAUGUUUUAUUUUCCCCAAAUUAAAUGGAGAAUUUUAUCUCAUUCUUUUAAAUCAAGGCAGGAAACAACAACAACAAAAAAAAGGUAAGCCUUGCUUUCUCUUUAUAAUGAAGGAGGACCCAAAACUCAAUAAAAUCUUUUCCCUACUUUUUUAGCUUUUAGGACAAUAAAUAGUCUGAGAUACUGUAAUGCAAAAUAUUUUAAAUGUCAUAUGCUGUAUUUACCCCAGUCUUCGUAUUGGGUGAGUUAGAACAUUUAGAAGUGCAAAUGAUCACGCAAACCUGUUUUUCACCUUCAAGUUUAUAAGGCAUAUCAAGGCUGGAUAAUCUUUUGGAUGAAUCAAAGAACUACAGUAUUAGCCAUAGUAAAAAAUUAAAUUCUUGAGAAGUUCUGACAGAAGGCUGAGGAAUGGUGGUGUCUCACUUUCUGUGUAAAAGACUAAAGUAAAAGUUGUUUUAAAAUAAAGUUUAAUCAACCUUAAAAUCCUGAUGAUAUUCUGGUAGUGGGCAUUCACAUGUUAAACAAAAUGAAAAGAUGGAAAAUAAAAGACAAAGGAUUAGGAAAAGUGACAAAGUGAAAGAAGGGUCCCUUUUGUCUAUUUUUUCCUUUAGCAAUAUUUUUUAACUUCAUACUGAAUUGAAAAGUAACACUGAAAAGUGGAACGCAAAGUUCCAUGUUGGUCACACAAAAUACAAUCAUGUAUAGGGGUUUUUUAAUAGUUUUUUUUUCUUUGCAUUUACUUUUCCAGUUGUAUGCAAAUUUAAUUAGCUUCUCUCUUCAAGUCCCUAGUGACACUGCAGUUCCUUUAAUAGUUUUGCAGUAGACCAGUGAUGAGGAUUUGGUGUAUUGUUCAGUUGAUACAUAUGCAGCCAUAGAAUUCAGCUUCCCACAGCCAAGUAGUCUCUGUAGAAGCAGCAGGAAUAGAAAGCAGUAUUGUUUCUAAUUUGCGUUACCAGAGUGCCUGUGAGGCUUAAUCAGACCAGCAUCCCACUGGCUAGACAUUGUACAAACACAGAAUAAAAACAAGGACUUCCCUCAGAGUGGUUGUAAUCCAAGUUAAGACUAACGACAAAAAAAAAAAUAUGGAUGGAAAGGUAAAAUGUAAAAUGAGAGUGUCAAUGUUUGCCUAGCUGAUUAGCAAUGGUUUCAGCACACUAUCAGUAUAAAUAUUGUCAUUUUUUUAUUCUGUGUGCAUUCUGAGAAGGGAAAAUCAGAGGGUACGAUUUAGAGGCUGGAUAAUGAGGGAGCUGUAAGAAGCUAAUAUUCCUGACUAGCCAUUUGUGUCAUCUAAACUGUUCCUGGUUCACCUUGUUCAGUAGUCCUCCCUCAUUCAGGGGGGUGUUCAAGCUUUAAGCAGGUGUAGGUGGCAGUCUGUUUAAUAGUGUCAGUCACUUGAGUUCUCUGGAGUCCUGCUCAUGCCUCCUGACAGUGAUUUUCCCACUGUGUUGGCCUCUUCUCCAAAACACAAGAGAAUGGACAAAGGUUUGUUUGAAAAUUUCAUGUACUAACAAUACAAGCUAGUGUCAUGGGCUCCAAGUGAAUAGUGAUAAAGAGGUCCUGAAUGACCUCUGCAGUAAAGACAAGGUAUGCAUAGCUGAUGAAACAGUGAGAGGGCAUCGGUGAAGUAAGAUGGUAUAGUCAAUUUUAAGAAUGUACCUUUGCAUAAGUAUUUUGAAUGAGUAAGAGCAGUGAAAUUGCUUUGUCAAAACCUGAGAAGACAACAUUUCAGUCAACAGGUGAUAUUGGCAGCUUACGUGAGAUUGUGAAUGGAUAAAGGUGUCUCUCUCUCCUACAGUUAGUAACACGAAAUUUAAUGAACCAUCAGCGAAAUUUGGAGGAGAGGACUUGGAAGUCAGAGUUUAAGAUAAUGACCCUGGUUUUGCCUACUUUGAAUGAUAUUUUAUGAAAGUGACAAUUAAGGAAGGAUGGUUUAUGUGUAUGGAAUGUAUUAAGUUUAAAAUUGCUAGACCUCCAAAAGGUGAUGCCGAUAGUCAUAACGACUUUUCUUUACUUGGAAAAAUUAGAGUCUAGUCUGGACUGGAGAAGCAGCCCUGCAGGUUUUUCAUAUAUAGAUGCUAGCUAAAAUAGUGUUUGUGGAAUAAAUCACUGGUAGACAUACUGUAGAGGGAAAAAGAGAAGGAAAUGGAGGCCCAAAUGCUCAGAUCACUAGAGACUGAGGAAAGUGGAGGUUCUUCCAAAUUAUCUGCUCAAAAAAAAAAAAAAAAAAAAAAAAAAAAAA